AUGACUGAAUUCGAAAACUACAUUGAGUACGAACUGGACAUUUCGCGCGCCAACAAGUCGCCAGUCCGCGUGCUCCAGGACCCCACAGGCGUCGGGCGAUGCGGCGUCGGAUCCACCGUCUGGGACGCCGGCCUUGUCCUAGCCAAGUACCUUGACAAGCAGACACAAGACGGCACACUCUCACUAUCAGGUAAAACUGUCCUAGAACUGGGCUCUGGCACUGGACUUGUGGGCCUCGCCCUUGCCAAACUGCAGCCCGCCUGCACCGUGAUUUUAUCAGACAAGAGCGAGCUUGUGCCACUGCUCGAGCGCAACAUAUCUUUGAACUGCGCUCAGCCGAAUACCACGGCGGUGUGUCUUGAUUGGUGCGAUCCGGAGUCUGGGAGCGAUGUGGGCCCGGUGGAUAUGAUUUUGGUCUCGGAUGGUGUUUGGGCGAGCGAGCUGCAUACACCGUUGGCCGAGACGCUCGGGAGGCUGGCCGGGGAGCAUACGAGGGUGAUUUUGGCGUUUGAGUCGAGGAAUUUCGAGGAAGAGGCUAUGUUUGUUGCACUGUGGAGCCAAAAGUUCCGAUUCCACGAUAUCAAGCCACAGGACCAGCACCCGGUGAUGCAGAGUGAGGACAUUUUCCUCUUUGAGGGCCAGCGCAAAUAA